UUUCAUAUUAUGUUCUUCAGAACAACAGGAUAUGGAUUUGGAUAUAGAAUUUGAUGUACACCUUGGAAUAGCUCAUACCCGUUGGGCAACACAUGGAGAACCCAAUCCUGUCAAUAGCCAUCCCCAGCGUUCUGAUAAAAAUAAUGAAUUUAUUGUUAUUCACAAUGGAAUUAUCACCAACUACAAAGACUUGAAGAAGUUUUUGGAAAGCAAAGGCUAUGACUUUGAAUCGGAAACAGAUACAGAGACAAUUGCCAAGCUUGUUAAGUACAUGUAUGACAAUCGGGAAAGUCAAGACAUCAGUUUUACUACCUUGGUGGAGAGAGUUAUCCAACAAUUGGAAGGUGCUUUUGCACUGGUAUUUAAAAGUGUUCAUUUUCCUGGCCAAGCAGUUGGCACAAGACGAGGUAGCCCUCUUUUGAUUGGUGUACGAAGUGAACAUAAGCUCUCUACUGAUCACAUUCCAAUACUCUACAGAACAGCUAGGACUCAGAUUGGAUCAAAAUUCACACGGUGGGGAUCACAGGGAGAAAGAGGGAAGGACAAAAAGGGAAGCUGCAAUCUCUCUCGUGUGGACAGCACAACUUGCCUUUUCCCUGUGGAAGAAAAAGCAGUGGAAUAUUACUUUGCUUCUGAUGCAAGUGCUGUCAUAGAACAUACCAAUCGUGUCAUCUUCCUUGAAGACGAUGAUGUUGCAGCGGUGGUAGAUGGCCGUCUUUCUAUCCAUCGAAUUAAACGGACUGCGGGAGAUCAUCCUGGACGAGCUGUGCAGACCCUCCAGAUGGAACUGCAGCAGAUCAUGAAGGGCAACUUCAGUUCAUUCAUGCAGAAAGAAAUUUUUGAGCAGCCCGAGUCUGUUGUGAACACGAUGCGAGGAAGAGUCAACUUUGAUGACUAUACUGUGAAUUUGGGCGGUUUGAAAGAUCACAUUAAGGAGAUCCAGAGGUGUCGGCGUUUGAUUCUUAUUGCCUGUGGGACGAGCUACCAUGCUGGUGUAGCAACACGUCAAGUUCUUGAAGAGCUGACUGAGUUGCCUGUCAUGGUGGAGCUUGCCAGUGAUUUCCUGGAUAGAAACACUCCGGUUUUUCGAGAUGAUGUUUGCUUUUUCAUUAGUCAGUCAGGUGAGACAGCAGACACCCUGAUGGGUCUUCGGUAUUGUAAGGAGAGAGGAGCUUUAACUGUGGGGAUCACGAACACCGUGGGCAGUUCCAUAUCAAGGGAGACAGACUGUGGCGUUCACAUUAAUGCUGGGCCCGAGAUUGGUGUGGCCAGCACAAAGGCUUACACCAGCCAAUUUGUAUCCCUUGUCAUGUUUGCCCUCAUGAUGUGCGAUGACAGGAUCUCCAUGCAAGAGAGACGCAAAGAGAUCAUGCUUGGACUGAAGCGACUGCCUGAUUUGAUUAAGGAGGUACUGAGCAUGGAUGAUGAAAUUCAGAAACUGGCAACAGAACUUUAUCACCAGAAGUCAGUCUUGAUAAUGGGACGUGGCUAUCAUUAUGCUACUUGUCUUGAAGGGGCACUGAAAAUCAAAGAAAUCACUUACAUGCACUCUGAAGGCAUCCUUGCUGGUGAAUUGAAACACGGUCCUCUGGCAUUGGUGGACAAGUUGAUGCCGGUUAUCAUGAUCAUCAUGAGAGAUCACACUUACGCCAAGUGUCAGAACGCUCUUCAGCAGGUGGUUGCCAGGCAGGGACGCCCAGUGGUGAUUUGUGAUAAGGAAGAUACCGAGACCAUUAAGAACACAAACAGAACAAUCAAGGUGCCCCACUCAGUGGACUGCUUGCAGGGCAUCCUCAGUGUGAUCCCCUUGCAGCUGCUGGCUUUCCACCUUGCUGUGCUGAGAGGCUAUGACGUUGAUUUCCCCCGGAAUCUUGCCAAAUCUGUAACUGUAGAAUAAGGAGCAUCUGCAACUCUGGGCGGUUGAGCAACACAAGACACCUUUUGUAUUUAACACCUUGAUUUAAAAUACCACCCUCUGAAGCCUUUUUUAGUAAAUCCUUAUUUAUAUAUUGGUUAUAA